AUGGCCCUCUUACUGUGCCGCCUCUGCAACCUCAAUCGCGGUCCCGCAACCGCAAUCCGCCGCAAAGCAGCCGCAGACCGCGCCGACAAGGUCGCGAAUGCACGGCCGAGCAGCACGCGCGCGGCGGGCGCGGGCGGCAGCAGCAGUACCAUGCUUAGGCUGUACACGGAUGAGAGCCCGGGGCUGAAGGUCGAUCCGGUUGUGGUGCUCGUGCUGAGUGUCGGGUUUAUUAUCAGUGUUGUUGCGUUGCAUGGUGAGUUUUUCUUGAUGGAGUAG